UAGGCACAAACAAAUACUUAUACAUAAAUAAAGCAACGCACGAAGCGUCUGUGGUUGCUGGCAAAAGAUACAAAUUUAGUUUUACUGUAACAAAAAGUAAUAAUUUGAUUACUGUAACGUUGUUUGUAAGGUAAUAAAGAGAGAUUUUGGCGCAUUUCAUUACGUUUCCAAUUCAAAUAAACUACUGACUCGAAACCGUUAUGGAUGAUGACAAAUUAAUGAAGCUGGUGGAAGAGCGUGAUGUACUCUACAAUCGAUUUCAUCCAUACUAUAAGGAUGUUAAUAAGAAGGAGGAGGCUUAUGCCGAAAUAGCCGAAGAAUUAGAUAUACCGGAUGUCCAACUUAUUAUAAGACGUUAUCACAAUCUGCGAGAUCGUUAUACACGUUAUAAGCGUCUAUUGGAAAGCACCGGCGAGGCAAGAUGUUAUCUACCCGUAAUGGAUAAAAUGGAAUUUCUUAAUCCCCACAUAUUUAGCAGAAAAAUGAGACGAAAACAAUAUGUAAGGGUGCCAAGUGAUAUGGAUUCAAGUUCCCCCUGUGAUAAUACAACUAGGAGAACACGAGCCCAAUGUAGUACACCCCAACAAAAAGUGUCGCUACGAAGCGAUAGCGAUGAAGAUUCAAUGGAUCCAUUGCAAUGUGAAGAUGAAUUAGAAACAGUUGCAGAAAUUCCAAUUUCCCUACAUGAAAAAUCCUGUGAAGACAAAAAGGCAUCUACCAUUGUAAUUAACAAUGAUAAUGGCACAUCUAAUCGCCUCAAAAGAAAAUCGGAAACCAAAUCACUUCAAACGGGUAAAAAAUCUACUAACUCGAGUUUAAGAAAUAUUGAUGAGGAGUUUAGUGAGGCAAUUCAAAGUUUUCAUCGAGUGUGCAAGGCAAGAGAAGAACGCCAAAAGGAUGGUGCCCUGCAAGGUUUUCGUCAAAUGAUCAUAUCUACACUAGCCGAUAUGAGUGAAACUAAACAGACCAAAGCGAUGUUGUGUGUUACCGAAGCUGUGCUAAAAAUUAAAAUGGAACCAGAAGAAUAGGGAAUGUUAACGUCAUUAUUUUUAUAAAAUAGACUCAAAUAGAUAUUGUAUUCUGAAGGAUGCAAAUUAUUAAAUUGUUUUUGCUGUACUUUUUUUCUUGAUUAAGCUUUGAAUUAAAAGUAAUUAGACACAUAUGAAUACUGUUUUCAAUAAAAACAACUAUAAUUUAAA